AUGUGUCACCAAUACUUCACCCUGUACGAGUGGUGCCAGUGCGAGGAAGACGCCGGCAACAACGUUUGCGCCGCCCACCGUCGGAACAGCUGUCCCGGCGUGAGUGUCGAGACGGUACACAUGCACUGCUUCUGCGAGACGCACGCCACGCGUGGGUUCAAGUCGGAGAAGAAGAACCGCAAGCAAGAGGACAAGCUCCAGCGCCGGUCUCAGGACAGUCUGGAUGAGAAAUCGUCGCUCGGUCGUCGCUUAUUCCAGUGGUAUCAAUGGCGGGGUCUGCGGACGCGCUGGUGA